GAAGGAACGUACGAGAAAUUUGAUACUAUCGACGCAGCGAAACUUGGUAUAUAUACCCUUUCUGAAAUCGCAGGAUUAUAUAUCCCGAUAGUUAGUUAUGUGGUAAAUAUUGUUAAAGAGAUCAAAAAAACUUUUAAAAAAGCUCAAAACAACAAAGAUAUCUGUUUAAUAUUAUUUGAACGAGCUAAAGAUGCUGAAAGUGUGAUGAACAAGAUAUUGAAUUAUAAAGAUGAUUAUGAAGAGUUUUUACGAGAAGAAAAAAGUUACAAAGCUUUUCAUAAAUUUAAAAUUUUGCUGAUAAAAAUUAAAGAUUUUGUAGUUGAAGUUUCAGAACUUAAAAGUGUUAGAAAAUUUUUGGAUGCUAAUAGUGUUAAAAGCACAUAUGAUAAGUUAACGAAUGAGUUUGAGACAUGCAUAAAGGAUCUGCAUUUCGAGGUGAUGAUAGUUAAUGAAGUACAAAAAAGAAAAGAUAAUAAAAAAGUUAAGGAUGAUUUAGAAAAAAUGAAUAAA